AUGACGGACCACGCGCCGACCCGUGCGUCAACUCGUGUGCGCACGAAGUCUACUCGCGCUCUCGAGAGUGAAGGCACCGAAGCGCUCAUCGCUGCCCAAGGUCCCGCGAGAGCAACUCGUUCCAAGGCGCCGCGGGAGAAGGUGGCCCCCAAGCCUAAGAAAUCAAAGUACUGCGUGUGCAAGGAGCAUCGAACAGGACCUAUGAUCGAGUGCAACGAGUGCAACAACUGGUACCACUUUGGAUGUGUGCAGCUGAACGACAACGAAGCAGAGAAGAUCCACAACUGGGUCUGCGCCGACUGCGCGGAGCGCACCGGGACCAAGACGACUUACAUCCACAACAUCUCGAGCUUCCCAUCUCCUGCCCCACCAUCCGACGUCGAGGUUGAGUUUGAUGAGUCGGAAUCGAAACCCAAGGGCCGGAAGGCUCCACUGAAGCGCAACGGCCCGCGACGAACAACCACGCGCGCCAAGAAGGCCAGGGUCGAGGAGCCCGAGCCAGAACCCGAGCCGGAACCUGAGCCGGAACCCGAGCCUGAGGCCGACGAGGAAAAUGAUGAGGAUAACGACGACGCGACCUCAUCCGAGAGUGUCUCAACACCCGGCGCCUGCGACGAGCUGGAGAAGGGUGAUGCGGAUGAGUACAAGGACGAAGGCCACAAGGCGGACGAUGAUGAGGACAUGGAGGUAGACCACGAGGAAAGUCCGUCGCCGCCACCUACCAAGUCGCCCGCCAAGCGAGCCCUGCGGGGCCGCACAAAAUCUCCUGCCAAGCGAGCGCGCACCAAGUCGCCGGUCAAAGCGACUGAGGAGGAGGUCGGGGAGAAGGUCGAGGCGGAGGACAAGAAGGAGGACAAGAAGGAGGGUAAGGACCCGGCCCAGGAUGAGACAAAGGAGGAGACGAAGGAGGCGGCUAAGGAGGACGGUGAGGAGGGUACCAAGGAGGAGGCCGAUGAGGAGGCUGAGACCCCGAUCAAGGAGAAGGAGGAGAAGGAGCAGGAGAAGCUCAAGGAGAAAGAUCCCAGCCCUGAGGUCCGACAACCGGCACGGACGCGCCUGUCGAUCGACACGCGCCGUGGCUCGGGCUUAGCGAAGCCAACCACAACAGCGAAGCCAACCACAGCAGCGAAGCCAACCACAACGGCGAAGCGCUCCGCGCCCAGCAAGUCGAAGGGUGCGCUCCCGGCAGCGCGAGCGUACGUCCUCGGGCAAUUUUCCAAGAUCGCUACUGGGCUCUUUGGGGACAAACUCGACGCCACUGGUGCCGAGGCUUGGGGAAGAGAAGUGGAGGCGGCGCUGUUUGCACACUUCAAGGAGGGGCCCAAGGAGGUCGCCGGAAACCGGUAUAAGGCACAAUUCACGCUGCUCAGCUCGUCCCUGCCGAAGACGCGGGCCUCAGUCAAGGUUGCGAUAGUGGAUGGGUCCACAGUCCCUGGCAAGGUGGCACUCAUGAGCGCCGAGGACCUCGCGACCGACGAGCAGCUGACCGAACUUGAAGCUCAGCGCGCGGAGAGCCUGCGGCAGGCUGUGCGUGUCGAGCCAGAGUUCAUCUCAGUCCGGAUUGGGCGGGACGGUCUGGAGGAGAUCGAGCGGGAGACGCCACCCGACUCCCCGAAAGAACCGAGGGAGGAGGAUGACUUCGUCCCCAAGUCGCCAGUGGAGGAGCGGCGAGCACGUGGCACAGCCACGCCUGAGCCAUCCAAGUUGGCGACCGGGUCGCCGCGCUCGCCCUUUGCUCGCCGCCGGUCUUCCAUCUCCUCUCCUCUCUCACCGGUUAUGCGCCGUACGUCUAUCUCCAAUGCCGGCUCCCCUGUGGUGGCCCGCCCGAGCAUCGAGUUCGCGUCGGCGUGGGGCACGUCCUCCAAGAUGACAGAAGAAUACGACAUGGAGCAGGACCAGGACGCUAUUGACUUAUCUGACCUCGCGACCGGCGAGGUGAACUACAACGAUGGUCUGGACAAGCUCGAGGUGGAUCCGAUGGCCGCCUUCCUCUCGCGCCCUGUCGUCUGGACCGGUGGCAUAUCCAAUCCCGCUGAAGAAUCCUCCUUUACACCGCCAGUGGUGAUGCGACAGGCAGCAGGCCGCGUACUUCCGGCUGACGUGUUCCGCGCGCUCCUUCCCCAACCUGCUAUUGCUAUUGCCGGUCGGGUGCCCAGUAUCACUAGCCUGCAGUACCUCUCCGACCGGCGGCUAGAUGGCACUAAAGAGCUUGUGACGGUGGCCCUCACGCUCGACCCCAAGGCAACACCUGAUGAGCGGAAGACCUGGAACGCGAUCCUCGACUUCCACCUCCAGCGCGACCGCCACGCCGUCUUCCACCCCAAUACGGAAGCCCGGGAACUGUACCUUGUCCCUCUUCGGGCAGCUGACCGCACCCCCGAUCUAUUCGACACGCUCGACGCUUUCGCACUUCCCAAAGACGCACGCGGCGAAACAGUCCUGCUGGGCGUGUUCGUGAAGCAGCGCAUCUCGCCCGGGCGCUCGCCAGCCGAUCCAACGCCAGCCCUUCAAAGUUUAGCGCGUCCCCUUCCGCCACAACCUCAACCUUCGAAUCCGCCACCGCCCGCUGCUCCAGCAUUCCAGAACGCACAGCUCCAAGCCCUCAUGUCGAGCUUGAACCCUGUCGCCAUUGCUGCUGCGAGCGCUCCCCGCCCACCCGCGCCCGGCAUGCCAAUGCCUCCCUUCCCGCCAGGCCAUGGUCCUGGCCCGGCCCCUCCGCGACCCGACUACUCCUCAUACAGGCCAGACUACAACGUUGAUCCCCGAACCGGUCACCGCGCCGAUUACCGCCCUGACUAUGCCGCGAACCGUGCGACCGGCUAUCGCCCCGACCGCCAUCCUGAAAGCCACUCCGACCGCCACCCCGAGUAUCGCUCCGGCUACCGGCCCGACUACCGUUACGGCCCAACUCCGACUGGCUCAUAUGGUCCUCCACAGUCAGGCCGGUACGAUGCGCCACAGGGAUAUUACCCUCCUCCUCUACCCCAGGCUCAGGUUGGGCACGUAUCUCCUCUGCCACCGGGUGGAUACUCGCCUGUUACUGGAAUGAGGAGCCCCCCGUACAUGGGUCCGCCUGGUGGGUCACGCGGUGGCCCGCAGCGCGGAAGGGGAAGAGGGCGCAGGAGGUGGUAG